GCUCUAUUUAAGCCUCAUUGCAACACUUGCUCAUUACAAUACUUUCAUAGAAUCUCUAAACCAAUAGAGAGCAAAAAAUAUAAUAAUUUUUUUAGUAGCUUGUUAUUGUUUUUGAUCAGAGGAUGAAGGUUGACAUUGAAGUUAUCUCCAAGGAGACAAUAACUCCAUCUUCUUCAACCCCUGAUCACCUUCGCAACUACCAACUUUCAUUUCUCGAUCAAAUAUCCCCUCCAAUUUUUAUGCCUCUAGUUCUCUUCUAUCCCGUGGACGUGGAUAACAAACACAGCAGUGUAUUCAGAUCAAACAACCUAAAGAAGUCUCUUUCUGAGGCAUUAACUCGAUUCUACCCUUUAGCAGGACGAGUUAUCGACAACACUUAUGUCGAUUGCAACGAUGAGGGUAUCCCCUACGUAGAAGCUCGUGUCAACUGCCAACUCUCCGAGGUCAUUAGAAAUCCAAUCCCUGGUGAACUCAACAAGUUCCUCCCAUAUGAAUUGGAUGAUACUAAUGAUCUUUGCAUGGCCAUUCAAGUGAACUUCUUCGACUGUGGUGGCAUGGCCGUUGGUGUACUCAUAUCUCACAAGAUUGCUGAUGCUUUCUCCUUUAUCAUGUUUGUCAAUAGUUGGGCCGCCACCGCCCGUGGAGAUAGCGAUUUACACUGUCCACGAUUUGAAUCCGCAACGCUCUUCCCACCAAUUGAUAUAACUUGCUUCAAACCAGGUAUUGGCAUGACCAAGGAAAAUAUUGUAACAAAGAGGUUUGUUUUCAUUGCUUCUAAGAUAGCUGCUCUUAGAGACAAAUAUACUGAGAAUACAAUCAAUAAUGGUCCAAUAAGGCCAACACAAAUUGAAGCACUUUCAGCCUUCAUAUGGAGUCGUUUUAUAGCUGCCACAGGAACAAAAGCAGACCCCAAUAAGGUCUACCAUGUGCUUCAUGCAGUAAACCUACGACCGAGGUUUGAUCCACCACUACCUGAUUAUUCUUUCGGGAAUAUUACUCAAAUCUCGAUAGCAGUUCCAUCCAUGGACAGUGAGGAACCAUGUUAUGGCAUCGUGAAGAAGAUGAGAGAUGCAAUACGCGGUGUCGAUUUCAAUAACGUGACAAACCUCAGGGAGGGUGACAAACACUUGAACUUACUCAAGGAGCUAGGUGAAAGUUACACUAAAGGAGACCUAGUCUGCUUUAACUUCACUAGUUUGUGCAGAUUCCCUCUCCAUGAAGCUGAUUUUGGGUGGGGAAUGCCUAUAUGGGUGGGUUCUGCUAGCCUUACAUUCAAGAAUUUAGUUUCUUUCUUGGACACACCAUCGAGGGAUGGAAUAGAGGCAUGGGUGAGCUUGGACGAGGAAGACAUGGUGAAAUUUGAAGAUGAUAGGGAGUUGCUGGCAUUUGUGUCCCCAAGCCAUGGAGUUGAACAGUGAAGCUUAUGUCUGUUAGACUUCAUUGAUUAUAAGUAACGGUUCUGGGACUCUUUCCCAGUGCCUUGUAAUUAAAAGGUUUAAUUUGUCUUUUUUUCUUCUCCUUUUGUUCUCGUUUAUGUUUUAGUAUACAAUUUUUUUUUUGCGUUUGGUAAUGAACUUAAGUUUGUCACUCAAUGUAAUUCCAAGCUAGAAAAUAAAUAAAAAAUCUAUUUUCACCUCCUUUUGUGAGCUGUUGUUGCUUGUUGCUUGCAGUCUCGAAAAUCUCUCUUUCGCCUCUCUCGGAUGUCAUCCUCUGGAUGCAUUAUUUGAUUCUUUUUUUAAGUUUUUAAGAUGAAUGAACAAAAUU